AUGGAUAAACAUGAAGGACUUCAUAAGUUCUAUCUAAAAUUUUUGGUUCAAGCUAUUGCAUCAUCUAAUAAAACAGAAUCUGGUCAACUAUUUGUGGAUAAUACUCAAAUGCUGAAUGAUGCACCAGCAAACUACAAUUUUUUUUAUCAAAAUCCAACAAAUUUUGGUAAAGUGCAAGAUUUUGGUUCUUCUAUUUCUGGAACACCCGACAAUACUGUUAUAGUUGGACACAAAAUGGAAAAAACACCAUCUCCAACUAGUACAACAAUAGGUCCUUUUCCUGAAUUCGGUCCUGCUCCACGAAAUGUGGAGAGCUCUCCAGGACAAACCGCCCUGCUCCAUUGUAAUGUCAGGAAUUUGGGAGACAGAACGGUAUCCUGGAUUCGUGGCAGAGACCUCCAUAUCCUGACAUCAGGUCGAUUAACCUUUACUGCUGACCCCAGGUUCAGUGUCUCACAUACACCUGGAGACCUGUCUUGGGGUCUUGUAGUCAAAAAAGCGAAAUUAGAAGAUUCUGGAAGGUACGAGUGCCAAGUCAACACUGACCCUAAAAUCAACUACAAUGUCACUCUAGUCGUCAAAGAGCCUCAAAUGCAAGAUUCGCCCUACAUUUCAAGUACAGGGGCUGCCAUAUCAGGCCCUAGACUACAGACAGUAAAAAUAGGGUCCACUUUGACCCUGACAUGCUCUGCUCCUUUGUACAGACUCCAAAAAUCUUCCACAGGUCAAACUGAAAGACAGGUUACUUGGACUAAGGAUGGGCAACCUGUCAGCUUCCAGGCAGAAAGAGGUGGAAUAAGUGUAGAUACAGUUUGGAGCCAGGAUUUAGUUAGAAGUUCUUUAACAGUUGCCCUUGUAGGUCUUGAAGAUGCAGGAAGUUAUGCCUGCGCUCCACCUGGAGGUCCACCUGACAAAGUCGAAUUAAUUGUUGUCAAAGGUGAACAUACAGAAGCAAUGAAAGGUUCAUCUUCGGCUGAUUCCUAUUUGACUGUGAUAGAGUUCUAG